AUGGAUGCCAUUAUAUGGAAUGUGAGGUCAGUAAAUACAAUGAAAGCAUUUGAAAGGCUGAUUACAAUGCACAUGAAACAUCACUUUGAGUUCAUAGGAAUCCUUGAGCCUAUGCAACAAUCUCACAAAAUGGAGAGGUAUAGAGCAAGAAUUGGUUUGGCACAGGCUAUGGUGAAUGUGUCAAACAAGAUUUGGGCUUUUAUUGAUGAAAUUUUUGAGGUUACCAUUCUAUAUAACAUGACUCAACAGCUGACUUUGAGAUUGAUUUACACUGAAACACAUGUUGAGCUCAUCCUUACACUAGUUUAUGCCAAAUGUGAUCGCAUUAAAAGAAUUGAACUAUGGGAUACUUUGUAUGCAAUGGCAUCAGAUAUGACAGUACCAUGGCUAGUUGGAGGCGACUUUAAUGUGAUAUGGGACGAGGAAGAGAAGUAUGGAGGCUUGCUAGUUUCUCUCCUUGAAGUAGAUGACUUUAGACACUGCAUCAAUACCUGCAACUUGACAGAUUUGAGAUUUAAAGGAAGCAUAUUUACAUGGUGGAAUGGAAGAUCAGAGGAGGACUGUAUUUUUAAAAGAUUGGAUAGAUGUUUUGGCAAUAAUGAAUUGCAACAGACCUUUCCUGGAUUGGAGGUAACUCACCUGUCCAAAAUUAGGUCUGAUCAUUGCCUGAUGCUGCUGAAAUGUGAUAUAGAAACUCCUCCAAUUAAGAAGUCAUUCAGAUUUCUAAACUUCUGGACAAAGCAUAAAACCUUCAAAGAGGUAGUGAAGGAGAAUUGGAAUGCUGAUUUUAGUGCUAACCCUUUCUGCAUUUUUAACAACAAGUUAAAGAAGCUUAAGCAAGCACUAUCUACCUGGAGCAGAGCUACAUAUGGGGAUAUAUUCCAAAAGAUUGCAAGCCUUGAGAAGGUGGUCUUGGUUCAUGAAAGUCAAUUUGAAGUCAAUCCUACACAGAUGAACAGACAAAGAUUACGACAGGUCCAAGCUGAAAUGAUUAAAUAUCUUGCAUAG